AUGCCGGAGACCCAAGAAAAUGCAAAAUGCGGAGUCUGUGGAAAACAAGAAGGGGGAGACAUCGUCGUCAAGCUCUGCGGGAGAUGCAAAGCUAGCUUCUACUGCAGUAUAAUUUGCCAGCACAAAGACUGGCCGUUGCACAAGUAUGAAUGUGGUGCUAGGGCCGAUAUGGCGGCGGGCAAGGAGUGGUACGACCGGUACCGAAAAUGCGAGGACGGCAGCUCGCACUUCGGCAAGCUGGAACUCAUCACCUGGGGCGGCGUUUGCUCGGACAACGACGAAGAAAUGGGUUGGGGCAACAGUGUCGCGUCCGAGUCGGCGCGAUUGAAACGUAUGUACGAGGAAGACUUCAAGUCGGACGACAUCCGCAUGCAUCAGUUCUGGCCGCAAGGUUUCCUAUGGACGUGCUGUGGCCUGCUGAGCGAUAUGAAGAAUUUCGGGUGCGAUCACCACGGCACCGGUCCUAGGCCCUGCUCGUGUUACUACUGCCACAAAGGAGAGUCGCAACCGGACGAUAUCUACAAGAAUACGAUAUCGCGCCGUGGGCUACAGCUCUCUCGUGGGCCGGAUCCGCGGUCGUAUGAUGAGAUUAAAGCUGCGGCUGCGACUGCGGCGUCGAUACGCCUUUUCUUUGGCUUACUGUGGUAA